CCUGAUCAGCUUCAAACCUUCAUCUUCAUCAAGCAUUUCAACCUUGGCUUUUGCGUUAACAGCAUGCAGAUAGCCAAUUCAGAAGUCAAAUUUUUACCGGCCACGGACAUCAUUCGUGCACUGUACGACAUUGUGACGCAUUCACGAGUUCUGGCAUGUCUAUCUUGACGAUAUAUAUGAUACCAAGUUAAUUUAUUGAGGAUGACCAGAUCCCAGACCUCGAUACCCCAUACUCCAACUUCCCCAAUAUCGACCACUCUGCCAUCGAGCUCAACGACAAGAGCAUCAGCACCAUCAUCAUCGGACGACAGAAGCAGUUGGAUGCAAUUUGGAACGAACUCUCGUUCCUGGAUACCGUCAUGUGUGGUGUGGAAAAUGUUCGCCAGCAACUCUUCAAAAAUAUGGACAAUAUCACCCAGUCCAUGGAUUUGCAUAAGGGACUUGUAUCUGCUCUUUCCCGCUUACCAGCUGAAAUCCUAUCCCAAAUUUAUGUCGACUGUCUCCCGGAAACCCAUCACUUGUUGCCCACACCAACGCAAGCUCCAAUGCUGCUAACUCAAAUAUGCCGGCGAUGGAGGGAGGUUGCUCUCGACACGCCUAGUUUGUGGUGCAGACUGUCUGUGAGGGUCAACCACACGGACUGGCAACGAGCAGUUUUAUGCUGUGACUCGUGGCUCAAGCGCUCACGAGGAUGUUUGCUCUCGUUAACACUCGAGUACCACACAAAUUCGGACUCAGCCAAGCUACAAAACCUUCUUCAGCCUUACAUCAAUCAAAUUUCGACUCUCGAUAUCGAUUUUGUUGGAAAUAUCGACGAAUUUGGACUUGUGUUAGAAGACCUCCCAGCACUCCAGAAAUUAACCUUAAUCCGGUAUGGUGUUAAUACGCCACACCAACUCAUCUCGCGUCUGCCACACUCUCUGCACACCCUCAACCGCAAGAUGGGGUGGUCCCCUCUCGAUCACAUAUUUCUUUUCAAUUCCCCAUGGCCUCACCUGACAGAUGUCGAUCUCGUGGUGUGCCUAUCUGACACAUUCCUUCGAGUGCUCCAGCUAUGUCCCAACCUCUCCUCGUUCAGGAUGAACUGCUUUUCCCCAGAGCCCUAUGGACCAGAGGUUCUAACGCCAUUCACGCACACCAGACUUGGACACUUGGACAUCCAUUUUGCCAUUUGGGUCCCACACACAUUACCUGACCUGUUCGAUGUUCUCUCACUCCCCGGUUUACGCGUAUUUGCAAUUGACCGUGUCAGAUCAUGGCCUCAUGAGAAGUUUAAGGCAUUCUUGGCACGGUCAAGUUGUCCCCUGGAGCGCCUCAUUAUAGGUACUGAGGAACUGGAGGAAUACGUUGACCUCAUUCCUUCCCUCAAAAGUGAUAGUGCACCCAGUGCAUCGUGAUGGGCUUGCCUCCCAGCUAAACAGAUUUAUAUUAGUGCUUGAUCUUGAGUACUUGUGGUGUGGUAGUUUUGGCUAGGCUGAACACAAAUCAAAUUACUACAGCUCGCAGGCUACGAU